AUGCUGAAAGCCCUACAAUCCGCAGGGCUGAUCAGCCUGCUGCUCAGUCGGGCCGGCGCGUUGACCAUGGAUUCUUCCAGUGACGCCUCCAUCAUUGCCGGCGCUGGAGAGUGUGCGUACAACAUGGUCAAGUACUAUACCGGUAACAAUACUGGUGACACGCCCGGCAACUUGCCAGACCCGUACUACUGGUGGGAGGCUGGUGCCAUGUUUGGUGCUUUGAUCGAUUAUUGGGCUUUUACUGGGGACGAAACAUACAACGCUAUCACGCUCCAGGCUAUGCGACAUCAGGUUGGAGACGACGCCGAUUAUAUGCCAGCAAAUCAAACGAAGAGUUUGGGAAACGAUGACCAGGGUUUCUGGCUCAUGGCAUCCAUGACUGCUGCCGAGAUGAACUUCACCAAUCCCGACUCAGAUGAACCACAAUGGCUGGCGCUCGCCCAGGCUGGCUUUAACGAAUACGUAGACAGAUGGAACGAUGCCACCGCCACAUGCGGAGGAGGCCUGAGAUGGCAGAUUUACACUUUCAACAACGGUUACAACUACAAGAACUCUAUCUCGAAUGGAUGCUUCUUCAACAUUGCUUCGCGCUUAGCUCGGUACACGGGUAACACAACCUACGGCGAUUGGGCGGAGAAGAUUUUCGCAUGGGAGGAGAACGUCAACUUUAUCAGUGACGACUGGCAAGUUCUCGAUGGUGCAGGUAACGCGGACAACGCCAACUGUACCGAGAUCAACGGUGCUUUGUUCACCUACAAUGCUGGAAUUUUCGUACACGGUGCCGCCUUUAUGUACAACAUGACCGAGUCUGACACCUGGAAGGAGCGUGUCACGGGCUUGGUUACCAGUAUUUCGACAACCUUCUUCCAGAACGGUAUCAUGUGGGAGCCGCCCUGCGAGAGCACCUCGGCCGGAUGUAACACCGAUCAGCAAGCAUUCAAGGGGCAUUUGGCGCGUUGGUUGGCAUACACAGCCAAGCUAGCUCCGUUCACGUACGACACCAUCAAACCCCUUCUUGAAUCUUCUGCAACGGCUGCCGCCGAGCAAUGCAGCGGAUCCCCCGCUUCUAGCUGGAAGGGUCAUUCUGGCACGGCCUGUGGUUUCAGUUGGCUGGCCAACUCCACUUGGGACGGACACUACGGUGUGGGUGAGCAGAUGAAUGCCAUGUCCGUCAUCAUGUCGAAUCUGUUUGCCACUUCCCCGUCGCCAUACACUUCCUCGACCGGUGGUAGUUCGACAGGUAACGCCGAUGCCGGUGCAAGCGAUAGUAGCAAGAUCGCGACCGCUGCCGUCAUCACUACUGGCGACAAGGCAGGUGCCGGAAUCUUGACAGCGUUGGUCCUGGCAUCAUUGCUGAGCUCUGUCGUUCUCAUGAUCAAAGAGUAA